AUGGUCCUUCCUCUGUUGAAGCUCGGGACGCUUGCCCUGAAAACCCUGAGCAAACCGGUCGCCGCCAGGCUGAAGAAGGAGGCCGGGAAACAUCCCAAGUUCCGGAGCUUCAUAAUCGGCGUCGCUCAGGUGGGAGUAGGCGCUCUCAUAUUUGAGGUGCAAAGGAAUGCUCGAUCGGAAGCCAAAAAGGAGGACCUCCGCAAACAAGAAAUUGAGGGAUUGAGGCAACGGGAUGAAGAGUUAACGAACGAGGUGGAGCUUCUAAAGCAAAAACUUAGAGAGAUUGAGCAGAUGGCCAAGGCACGAGGGCUUGCUGGCGUGUUUAAUCUCAGACAUGGUCAUCCUGAAGAACACAAGCCAACGCCUGUGGCUUCUUCUUGA